CGGAUCCCACUCAAAACACACAGCGGUUGGAAAGUUGGUUUUAAUCCCAAAAAACUUGUUUUUUUAACGUCGGAGGCGGAUGGACGUCAGACCCUGAUGAAGGUGAUGGUGAUGGUGAUGAAGAUGAGGCCAUCAGACUGUUGAUGUGCUGUGAGGAGGGAGAGGAAAGAUGAGGAGGAUGAAGCUGAGGGUGAACCGCAGCCAGCUGCUGUUUCUGUCCAGGGAAGAAACAUCUGGAAUCUUCCAGAAAGAAGGAGCGCUGGGAGUCGGACGACAGGAGAAGGGUGUGACUCAGAGGUUUUGUCGGCUGAGGGGAAACAUAUUGUUCAUCCUGAAGAAACAGGGCGGGGAGCUGGAGGAGGUGCUGCUGCUGGAGAGAUGUGACGUGAUGAAGCUUCCUGGCGACAGCACACGACUGGCUGUCAGCUUCGAGAGCGGCGACCCUCCUGUGCUCCUGCAGUCGAGCAGCUCCGCAGAGUGUGUGUCCUGGCUCGUCGCCCUCAGAGACGCCAACACAGAGACGCUGAGGAGACGCAUCGCACACCUGGGCACGCUCAUUAACACACAGUCCUCACAGCACACGCAGCAACACACACACACUGCCUCACACUGCACUGUGGGAGGUACAGGUGGAGUCGAGUCUGCUGUUAAAGUCUCUCCACUGCACCUGGCUGUGGAGUGUCGAGCUGUGGUUUCAGUGGCAGCCGGACUCCUGGUUCAAGUUUGUGUGAUUGACACACACACUCACACAGUCAGGAAGCACUGCUGCUCAGACACAGUGAAGGCACCGGAUGAGAAAGUGUUUGUAACAUCUGUGUGUUUCCGUGGCGACUACCCUCUCUACCAUCACAGCAGGAUCAGAGUCACCGUGUACCACGCAGAGGAGCCGACAACACACAGCACAAGGAGCUUUCUGGGUUUCACCUCCUUCUCCAUCAGAGAUCUGCUCAGGUCCAAGGAGCCUCACAUCUCUGUCGGCCUCAGGACGAUGGACGGAGUGAACGAGGUUGGGGAGGUGAAGGUGUCCCGUCUGCAGAUGGAGGGAGAGAGAGAUGAUAAAACUCCUCCUGAGCACAAGUGUCCUGCUUUGUGUGUCAGUCUUCACGGCUCAGUCCACGACAAGGAAAACAGUCCGAUGAUGAGAGCUGUGCUGUGUUCCCAGGUGUGUAAGGUGUACAGGUUUCAGACGGAGGAUCAGCGAUGGAUGCUGGUCAGGGAGCAGCUGUCAGAGACGCCGCUCUCUUUCUCUUUACCCAAACAGCUACUGAGCGCGCUCAUACGCGAACACACAAACAGGGUCCAGGAAGUGAAGGAGCUCGGUGACCUUUCACCCCACUGGGAUGGGCUCCGCCACGAUGUCAUCAACCACUGCAGCUACCUGAUUGGCUGUUAUCAUGAAACACUCACUGAGCUCAGCAAACUCUCAGCAGCGACGUCCUGCUUUAAGUCGAGCAGCAGUAAGUCAGACAGACACCUUCAGUUCGUUCCGACCAACCUGCACUCUCAGAGGAUGGAGGUCACUGAUCCAGACAGCACAGGUGUGUGGUAUGACGUUAUAACAUUUGGUGCUCCGGCUGAUCACCACCAGGCCUUUAAACAUGGUGGACUGAAAAGACUUCUCAGCAAACACACAAACCACUGGGACAGCUCCGUCUCUUACUCUCGAGACGAGAGCUCCAGAGCCAGGGAGCUGCUGACCAGCGUGGCCCAGCUGCAGCCUCUGGUCUUCGGGCUCGCCGAGGAGCUGCUGUCCGUCUCUCUGGAGCUGAACGCUGCUCGUCUGCAGCAGGUGCUGGACAGCCUGACUCUACAGACGGAGCAGUUUGUUCACGCGCUCAAAGACGAGCUGGUGAAAAGCGCCCUGCUGGCGAUCCACAACCAGUGCACGGCCAACCUCAACAGCAGCCACGUCCACAGCAACGGGUUGCUCUGUGACAACUUGCCGGGCAACCUGGAGGACCAGCCGUCGCUUGGCCUGCAGGACGCUGUCCGACGUGACAGGGAGUACGACGAGGAGGAGUGGGACAGGACGUGGGCAAACGUAGCCAAGAGUCUCAACUGCAUCAUGGCCAUGGUGGACCGGCUGCAGGGGCGGGAGGACCGUCCUCAGGAGCUGACAUCAGCAGAGCAGCAGGAAUCAGCCGGCGACACAAACACCGCCUCUCCCUCCUCCUCCUCCUCCUCCUCUGCCUCCUCCUGGCAGGAGCAGCUGCUUCCUCUGGUGGUCACUCUCAGGGACUGUGUGCGCGAAGCUGUGACGAAGGCGCGAGCCGCCAUGACCUUCGUGGUCCUGCAGGGGGCGGUGGGCCCGACUGUUGACCAGGGCCCCGCACAGAUCGUCCACAGACGCCACGCCGUCUUCAGCCAGGCGCUCUCAGCAGUAGUGUGUGGAUUCGUGUUGAAGCUGUACGAGGGUCUGGAGGAUCCUGACUUCCUGCUGCAGCUUCACUCUGUGGGAGUCCUGGCUCAGUUUGAAAGCCUGCUCAGCACCUACGGUGAUGAGGUGGGGAUGCUGGAGGACAUGGAGGUGGGUGUGGCCGACCUGAGCGAAGUUGCGUUCACUGUCACCGAGGCGAAAACAGACCAACCAGACGACCUGCUGCCCACGCUCACUGGAACAUGGGGCAGUUUUGUCGUCGAGGUCCCAUUGACCCCGGAGACGUUUGGGCCGUUGCCACAGCAGCUUAAGGAGGGGCGUUUGAUACGAGUCCAUCCUGUUCUCUUCAACAUCGGGAUCAACCAGCAGCAGAGUCUGGCUGAGAGGUUUGGUGACAGCUCCCUGCAGGAGAGAGUGAAUCAGCAGAGCUGUGAGCGUCUGAAAGCGUACUGUAACACGCUCAGAGACAGACUGCCUGACGCGGCUGGUAUCCAGUCGCUGUCAGACCUGUUGUCGUCCCUGGACCGAAGUUUGGAAGCCAGGAAGAGGAAGAACGUGGAGGUGCUGUGGAAUGCUGCGAUGGUGUGUCGUAACGUGAACGGCAUCCGUCUGACCAGCUGUAAGAGUGCGAAGGACCGCACGGCGAUGUCAGUGACGCUGGAGCAGUGUGUGUUACUGAGAGAGCGACACACACUCGGGCAGCGGCACUUCAGCACCGCACUGGACUGCAUGAGGAGGGAUGGCUGCAGGAUGGAGAACGUGCAGAAGAACGUGGGCAGCAGGAAGUUCGCCUUCAGCAGCGUCCAGCUCCUCACCUUCCCCAAACUGUACAGACCUCCAGACGGCAGCUAUGGAUCCACACACUGACAGUUUUUUAGUUCUUGUACAGGUUAUUUUAUUAUAGGGUUGUGUUUUUUUUAUCAUGUGUGUGUUGUGUCAUAAAUGAAUGUGAAUUUUAUUUUAAUGACCCUCUGCACUGUUCACUGUGGCUGCAGGUGUUUGAUUUACAAACAUGUUUCUGCAAUAAAUUAUACUUGAUU